AUGGGCAUCUCUCUCUCAACUGCCAAGUGGCUCGCGCCCCUGUCAUUCGCCGUCGACUUCGCGGCCCAGAACUAUGGCAUGCUCAGCACCCCAAACAUGAAGGAUGUGCACGACGCCAACCUGUCCUUCUUCUCCCCGCAGCCAAUGUUCAUCGCCGCCUUCUUCUUCCCGCAGCAGCUUUUCCAAUUGGCAUGGCUCUGGCGCUUGUACAAGGCCGACCCGAAGGCGGAGCAAAUGGCACCAGAUGUCGCGACCAUGGUCGACUUCGCGCCGUUCUAUGCGCUCGGAAACUUCUGCAUCGCGACCUGGAUGAUCUUCUGGAAUAACUCGGACUUGAAGACCUCCAAUGUCUUCGUCGUGAUCAACAGUCUCGCCCAGCUCUACUUCAUCGCCAGCCGUCUCCCAAAGAUGAACACCAAGUCUAUCAACUCUGUUCUCACACAUGUUGUGGCCAAGACGUUUGCUGGCAUUGGCGUGUUAGAUCUUCUGCACAACGGGUCCGUCGCCUAUUUUGUCGGGCAGCAGCCGUCCACCGCGGUGAAGGUACUCACGGGUGUGGGAUUCGGACUGCUCGCGUCAGCCAGCGAUUGGAUCUUUGGCGGAUGUCUCGUGUAUGACUUGAUUGCGCUCAGUGUCGGACAGUCCAUUUAUGGCAACGUUGGCUGGAGUAGGUUGCUGGGUAUCUAUGCCGGCGGCGCUGCUGCUCUUGUUGGAGCCAAGAAUCUCUUGAGGUCGCCGUACGUGAGCCAGAGUCCUGGAUAUCAGCCGCUGUAA